AUGCCGCCUUUCGUCAUGUCAAUCAAGUCGGAACCCACUGUAUCACCCUCCUCGAGCUUCACACGAGAGCUCUCUGCGGAUUCUUCAGGCUUAUCAGAUCCGCCAUCGGACAUGAAAACUGAGGAGAGCCCCGCAACCUCUCACAUGGAGCAGCCAGCCAUAUCCCAAGGCGGCCGCCAGCGCCUCAAACGCCGUGCAUCAACUUCAGAAGGUUCCAUAUCCAAAAAGAUGCGGGCUCUUAUGGAUGAGGUCGAUGAGAUGGAGCUGAAGGACAACAACCACGAGGAAGAACGAAAAGCGUGGUUCAAAUCCAAGGCAGAAUUGAAAAGUCGAAUUCAGACCCAGAACAGGCUGUUCGGAGCUACCAGACUCUCGCUGCGUGCUGAGCUUGCCGAAAACUCGAAACUCAAGAAGGAAAUCGAGGUACUCAAGAAGAAGCUCAUAUCACGCGAGAAACACCUCGAACGGUAUGGUCGGAUCAAGAAACUGAUUGAGGAGGAUCUUGCGGAGGAGAAAACAUCACACUGA